AUCCCCUCCAAUCUCCAUUCCCCUUUUCAAUCUUCUUUGUCAAGUGAUACACUCUUUCUCUCUGUUAACAAAUCUUUGCAGCCAUGAAAGGUGGAGUUUUGGUUCUUCUUCUUGGACUUCUGCUAUUCACACUGCAAUGCUGUCUUGUUCCUAAAGUGGAUGCCAGGGCACAACAAAUGAAGAUGGAUUCUGCAAUUCCGGUCACAACGCUCUCGCCUCCCGAGGGCAACACAACGUUCCUCGGUGGGAGUGGUGGCACGACGUGGUGUGUGGCCCGUGGUGGCGCCUCCCAAUUUGAUUUGCAGAGCGCGUUAGACUGGGCGUGCGGUCUGGGAAUGACGGACUGCAAUGCAAUCCAGGCGGGCGGCCCCUGCUUCGAGCCCAACACGCUCGCCUCCCAUGCCUCGUAUGCAUUCAACAGCUACUACCAACAGAAUGGCAACAAUGACAUCGCCUGCAACUUCGGUGGGACUGCUAUGCUAACUGGAAACAACCCAAGUUUUGGGAAAUGCACUUAUGCAACCUCCGGUCGCCCUGGGGAUUUGAAGGCAUCUGCAGCUGCCUUGUCAAGGCACAACUGGAGCAGAUUUUGGUGGGAAAUCAGCAUUCUUCUUCAGCUGUUGUAUCUGAGAAGGAGUUGACCAUUUAAGUAUAUUUUGUGUGAUUGUGAAGGAAAGGACUUAGCCAAAUGUGUCAUUUGUUUGGGUGCAGAACAUGCCUUUCUUUGUUGUUGGUUUAAGAAUCUCUGCCUAUGUCUUCGUUUUUGUAAGCAAGCAUUUAGGAAUCUGAAAUGUCCAGAGAAUGUUCUAAUCUUCUUGUGUCAAGCAAUUAGCCCCUUUUUGAA